GGAUAACAAACUAAUACCUGAACAGAAAGCAGCCUUUGUUCUUUCCUGUGGAGCCAGCAAAAUGAUGAUUUGCUGACCAAACCCCUCGCUGCACACGUGGGUAAUGCUCCCAGACAGCCUCAUCAGGCAGUAAUCAGCUCCUUGGCUUGGCUGGCAACAGCUCAUCACUUCUGAGAAACUUCCCCAUCCUCAAGAGGCGUGGAGAAAAGAUGGGGACAAGUCCCAUGGAGCUCAAGUGGCUUUUGAUGUGGCUCUUGUUUGGAUUCAUCAAGGGGAACAGGCCAGGUGAAUGCCCACUUCUUCCACCAACUGAAUUUGCUGAUGUUACUGCUGACAUGUAUCCACCACAGACCAAACUGUACUAUGAGUGUGACCCUGGCUAUGGCAGAAGAGCUAGUGCAUACCUAGGAAUUCAGUGUAAGAUUGAACAGCAGGGUGCUGUUUGGAAAUACCAACCAUUUGAAUGCUUUGAUAUGAAAAAUUUGUCCUCAAUGAUGGAGUUAGAACUUACACAGAAGCCAGAAACAGAACAAAUGAGCACUGCACCCCAGAAGCAAGAAGACCUUUCAGAGUCCAAACCAAAAGAUUUCUGUGGUCCUCCCAAGACUAUUCCACAUGCCUCCAUAAGGCUGCCCCAAAAGCAUUACGUGGGACAAGUCUUACAUUUCAAAUGCCAGACAGGUUAUGAUAAGAGACCCCCCACCUUUGGCAGCAGGACGUGCAAGGAAGGGAAUGGCAAAACCUUCUGGACCCCCCUUGAUAUGAGAUGCACCAAUGACAGCAACCAGUGGCCACCACAGACCAUUGGGCCAGGUUUGAGCCUUCUGUCCUCUUUCCCUUCCUCAUCAGGGACACUGCCAGUGACAGGUUUUACAGCUAUCUGGUUUGUUCUGCUUAUCAUUCCCAUUGCCUUUGUGUGACUCACCAAGCAGCCAAUAAGGGAAGACUUCUCAGGGAAUUGUGGCAUUCAGAUGCAAAUUUGUGAAAUUAAUGACUUGCCACUGAAGAAACCAGAUUGUACCAGCGACCCCAAGACCAGCAGUGGCAAAUGAGGAGGAAGCCUGGACAAAAAUCCAAUGUGUGAAGGUGGCAGAAGAUGUUACAGCUCAACUCUUAUGGGGACAGCAUGACUUUCCACCUACAGUGUGGGAUUCACAUUCUCUGAACCUGAGAGAAGCAGUGAGAGAAGCAGAGAAAAGAGUGAUCAAAACAAUUCUUAUCACAUUUGCUGCUCCUGUGUUGUGCCAAAGUAGAAUGCAGUGUGGAGAUUGCUUACCCAAAGUGAUGGUGUUGUGUUUCCUUGGCCUGUCAGGGCCAGGUGUGUGUGCAGACUGUGGGUCAGCAGACAGUCACGAGAUGCUGGGCAGUUGAGUUGAGUGCUUUGUGCAGAUUCAGUUUAGAUGUAGUGUAAUAUAAUAUAGAAUAAUAUAGUAUAAUAAAGUAAUUAAUUAGCCUGUGAUAA